AUGAACGAGGUGUUGACGGCAGCGGACAUGGCCUCGUCGUCGUCUUCCUCCGCCGCGCCGAGGGGAGGCACGUCCCUGCCGACGAACCUCCCUCUUCUCUCGGCCUUCCUUGCGUUCGCGGUGGCCCAGUUCCUCAAGGUCUUUACAACAUGGUGCGCUCUCCCAUUAUUCCCUCCCUCUCUCUCCCUCUCUCUUUCUUAUUUUUGUCCUCGCAGAUGAUGCUGGGGACUGGUCUUGGAUUUUUAUUUUUCUAAAUUCCUUAUAUCUGCACACUGAUCUGGGCAUAAAUCUAUUUUCCAGUGUCAACGUCUCCUUUUUUUAUCUGUAAUGUUAUGUUAUCCUUUUCUAGUUUUGAGAUAUUCAACGGCAAUAGACAUCCCUGAAAGUUUUGAUGUUUGGAUUGAGCCCUGAUUCUGUGUAGAAAUUGGGGUAAUAUUUCAUUCUUUUUUAUCAUUUUUCAUGACAGUCAUGCGGAGUUCUUCGCCUCUUUGAUCAUUUAUUUUCUUUUCACUGAUUAAAAAGAUCCCUUGAACCCUAGUAACAUGUCUCGGUAUCCUUUUAUUUUUAUUCCAGUUUAUUUAAUGAUGGUGGAAGUAUCUCACACUGCUAGUAUAGUAUAUACUAAUCUUAUUUCUUCAUUGGUGGAACAUCCUCAUUCUUUUCAGAGGAUGUUUUACUGUUGCCAAUUACGCAAACUGCACAUUAUUUAUUUGGCUUUAACCCACCUGACCUAUGUCCCCGGCAAUAAUCAAUUACCAGCCUGACUCUGUUUGUCUCAUUCCUGCAUCUCUUUUCCCCUCUUUCCCAAAUUUCUUUCAAGUGAACUUUUGUCAUUGAAACGGAUCUUGUCAUCUGAGUCACCUUUGGAAUAUGUAGGACAAUUUAUAAUUUUUUGUAUAUUAUUAUGAAGUUUAGUGCUUUUAAUUUCAUCCUUCUAAGUGUAAUGAUCGCAAAAGUAGACAUAAGUAUGCUCUUUCAUUCUGAUCUGUCGGUUCUUGCGUUUGGAUGAUGCUAAUAAAUUUUAGCAUUAAAUCAGUUGCUAAGCGAUCCAGCGUUUUUACCGAUUACUUUAAUUCAAUUUGAUAUUGUGUUUUACACAAUUUUUCUUCAUUUAGUUCUAUCUUGCAGUUGUUUUUUAAUGUACAUCAGUGGCACUCAGAAAGAAUAUUCUCGUCUGUGUCUUCCUUCAUUUUGCUAUAGUGCAAGGCUUUAGUUAUCUGCCUUAUCGUAUUAUUACUUUCUCGAUAAUGAAAUAAAAUUCCUUAGAUCCUCAGCCUGUUAUCCUCGUAUUUUAUGCUAUACCUUCUUUGAGAUUUACUACGUGAUUGCUUCCACCCUCCUCAUCUCUCACGUUUAAUGUCUUCAUCCUAGACAUGCAGGUACAAGGAGAAGAGAUGGGAUUCCAAACGAUUGAUUGCAUCAGGUGGAAUGCCAUCAUCACAUUCAGCGACUGUGGCAGCACUCGCUGUAGCAAUAGGCCUCCGGGACGGGGUUGGGGCGUCUUCAUUUGCCCUUGCAGUGGUUCUUUCUGUCAUUGUAUGUGCUUUACCAAUAAAUGACCUUAUUUUAUUUUGUUUAAUAUUACCAUUCUUGUCAAUGUUGUGCAGUUUUGCGUAAUCAGUUGAAUUAUUGGUCUAUUCCUUACCAUAUAGUGGGAAACAAUGUUGUGCUAGUCAUGCAUUUCAGGUGAUGCUCUUCUAUACCUUAUCUGACAAUCUGAAGUAUCGCAUAUCAACUAGAACCGAAUAGUACAACCUAUCAACUAGAACCAAAAAAUCUACCCUAUUGCAUGUCUAACUAGCUAGAACUCAGUAUUGUGAGUAUCUAACCCCCGUUAGUAAUUUCUUCAUUCUGUAAUAAACUUGAAAUAAUUAGUGGCGACCAUUCUUUAUCCCAUAAAAGUGUAUAUGGUCCUGGUUUUGAGCUCGUCAUUCUUGUUGAAAUGAGAGACCUUUUGCCUUUUUUCCUCUGGGUGUGGAAAUGCUCUUGUUUUCCUUUAUUAAUUGAGAAGAAUGUGAAAUUGAGAAGAUCUGAUUGGUUGGCGAAGUUAUAAAUGCAACCUAUGUCGAAGCAUAUCCACAAAAGCAUUCAGUUGCUAUGAUACCUUUAUAAACUACGUUCGGAAUUAUACUAUCCCGUUUACAAAUUAUAAGAAAACUUUUAUGAAAACUUUUACAAGGAGUCUGUGAGAUCAAUGUGUCGUUUCAUUACUCACUAUGAAUUGUUUAGUUAGAUCAUUUCAUCCUGGAGAGUUUAAUUGAUUAUUCAGCGACUUCGGAUGUCAGACUAUGUUGCCUGUGUUUUGAUACGGGUUCAACUCUGAAUGCUUCACAUAGCACUGAUCUCUGAUAUCCUAAAAUUAUGACAGAAGAUCAGUAUCUCAUUUACAGGUUUGACGAUCUUGAAUGAAUAUCCAUACCGUGGUGAACGGUUUUGUUGCCAUAGAUGCUGACUGUCAUUUCUAUCCUCUCCAGUAAUCUUAUAAAUUUUAGUGUUUCUCUCGCAAUGACAGUUGUAUUUGACCUCUUGGAGAAUGUAACAUACAGGUUAUGUACGAUGCAUCGGGGAUUCGGCUGCAUGCAGGUCGCCAGGCUGAGGUAUUGCCAUUUUCUGGAAUGUGUGUUACUUCUGUGCAAAGUAAUUUCAUCAUUAUAUGAAAAAGAGUUGGGAGGAGGUGGUUGGAGGAGUAAAAAAGAAAGCUGAUGUACCUUAUAUUAUCAACCAGCCAAUGUUAACCGCCGAUUCUACUAGUUUUGAAUUUCUGGAAGUGUCUGUGAGAGACUGGCUCCUUUAUCGUGAUUCUUGUGCAUGAACAAACUUUGUGAUACCCAAAUCUUUAUGUGCUAAUAGUUUUCCGGAGUGAUCUUAGGAUACUGUUGUGCCAUUUAGCCGUGGGCAAUGAAUCAAUCACAUCGUAAACCUUGGAGAUGAUAUGCUAUCACUUGAGUGAAAAUAUUUUGGUUCGAACCUGGUUGGGACGUUUGAUCUUUUCUUGAUACCUGUUAAAAAAAAACCUCAUACGCUAUGGGGUAUUGCUUUUUCUUUUUCUGGAUCCUGCGAAUUCUCUUCCUAACUUGUUCUUCUAAGCAAGCCAACUAUGUAGACUGUAUGUUGAUGGGCUUUUUUUUAAAUUUAUGGCUGUAACAGCUGCUGAAUCAAAUAGUAUGCGAGUUCCCUCCAGAGCACCCCCUGUCAAAUGUCAGACCUUUACGAGAACCCCUUGGCCACACACCAUUUCAGGUAUCAUGCAGCCUUAUUCUGGGGUUGAAUCCUUCUGUGAAUUUCCAAUCAAACCGAAUUUAAAUGUUUUAUGGCCUCGUAAUAUUUUUGAUAUUAUUUUAACCCCAAAGAGGAUACUGUCUGCAUAUGCCAUGCUGGGACGAGCACCUUUUAUAUGUAUAUGCUGUAUAUUUCCUCCUACACCCGAAACAAACUGGAUUACGGCAUCAUUCUCUUCUUCUUUCACUUGUCUUUGUGGUAGCAUACUUCCUAGAGACCAGUUUCUGGUGAGGAAUUUCAGUCAUCUGGGGGAACAAUAACACCUUGGGCAUUGAGAAUUGGGGGCACAUCUGUCAUUUCUUUGGAAAGGAAAGGAAAGGAUAGUAUUGACCUUUUCUUGUUGCUCAACAAAGUCUCAGGAUCCUAAAUAUUUAAAUGGUCAUCUUUUUUUUCUUUUUUUCUCUAACUUCAUGCUUGACAGUCGGUAAUUUCAUGUUUUACAUGGAACAUAAAGGACACUUGUUAACGGAUUUAUGAGACAAAUCGAGAGAUGGGGGGUUUUGUGGGUAGUAUGGGGUGCCGUCUAGCUGAUAAAUCUCCUCCAAAAUGGGUUAAUUUGGCAGAAUAACAGAUGUAGUCUCAGGCUUCAGAUUUUGUCAGGCCUAGUGAAUCAAUGCACUCUUCUUUCUGUGAUAUCAGUAAAAAAAAACCUUACUUUCUCUGACUAAGAGAUGUAAUUCUUAGACUUGGCAGCUUGGCAAGUGUCAUGAAUCAGGGAUCUCUUCCUUCUAUGAGCUGUGAAUAAUGGGUUUCUAUUCUAACGGGUAAUAUGGGAGACCCUCCGGCAGACUAAUCCCUUUUCAGAGUCUUCCUGAAAAGCUUACUUUCUCUGUAUGAUACCUGUAAUUCCCAGAGUUAACUGCUUGCCAAUUAAUAAACUUGGCUCCUUGAAAUCCAGGCUCGGAAUGGAAAUGUGAUAGGAUCCAUCCAGAGGCUUAGCACCCAUUUUUUCUUCCUACAUGAUAUGGCAGCCCAUCUCUCUCUCUCUCUCUCUCUUAAAUAGGUCCAUAUCGACCAGGGCCAGGCUUCAUAGAAGAGAAUAUCCUUGAUGACCAUAGAGUGAAACUUGCAUGAAUCUUUCAAUCAUCAGAGUAAACAUUACGCGGAAGCUUAUGAUGGUUAAAAUGUUCUGUAGAUAUAAGAGAGAUUUUGUGGCUAAUUCACUCCUCAAAUGGGUUUCCGAUCCGAUGGAAACACCUCUGCUUCUUGAAUGCUCUCUAGAUUUGGCCCAUUUGAGGAAUCCUGUGGCUAAUGCAGGUCGUUGCUGGAGCGGUUCUCGGCUGCGUCAUCUCUCUCGUCCUGAGAAGCUCCGCUUAG